AGCAUUCUCAUACAGAUUUGGAAUAGUUCUCUUAUGACGUGCAGACUCUUCUUUCAUCAAAAUGUCUAACUGGGGAGGGACAAACACGAACAAUGAAACGAUCCAAUACUGCUUUCCAAACAACAACUUGUCUUGUACCAGAAAUGUAAAACCUGGAGCGGAGUACAUUUUUGUGUACAUAUUUAUUUCUACAGUAUCGGUGUUAACUGUGUUUCUGAACUUGUUGGUGAUCAUCUCUAUCGCUCACUUCCAUCAGCUCCACACUCCAACCAAUGUGCUGAUCUUCUCUUUGGCAAUGUCUGAUCUGAUUGUUGGACUGAUUCUUAUGCCAGUACUUGGCCUCAAAUUGAUUGAGCCAUGCUGGUACUUUGGAGAAAUCUUUUGCUCAAUAUUUCCGUUUAUUUUAUAUGUGGUUACAACAGCAUCUCUUGGUAAUUUGAUCAUUAUAUCUGUGGAUCGUUAUAUUGCUGUUAAUGACCCUUUGAGAUAUACAACAAGAGUUGAUACUAACAGAGCUGUUUAUUCUAUUGUUGUAAACUGGGUGUUUUCUAGCAUAUAUUCUUUACUCAUUAUGUAUGAAGCUAUACUCUAUCCAGAGAAAAACCAUACAUGUAUUGGGGAAUGUAUAUUUUUUAUUAAGUUGGAAUAUAUAAUAACAGAUGCCUUAGUCUGUUUUGUGACCCCAUGUUGUUUAAUCAUUUAUUUAUAUCUGAAAAUCUGCUUUAUAGCAAAACAUCAAGCUGAGCAUAUAAAUGCACUCACAGACAGAAAGGUAAAGUCAGAAAAAAAGGCUGCAAAAUCCUUAGGGGUUGUUGUGAUGAUCUAUCUCCUUUGCUGGAUACCAUAUUAUAUAGCUGCACUUACUCUUGGGCAAGACACCAAUGACUCCCUUGUAAUUAAUAUAAUGUACUGGAUUUUAUGCAUGAAUUCAUUAAUGAAUCCACUAAUUUAUGCAAUGUAUUAUAAAUGGUUUAGAAUAUCAACAAAAUACAUUUUAACUCUGAAAAUAUUAGAACCUUCAUCACAAUAUUUCAACCUAUUCAUGGAGGAGAAAUGAUCUCCUGCUGUUGCUUAAAUGUAAAACUAAAGAAUGUAUGAAAAGGGUUUUUCUGCACAAAAUUAUUUUCACCCAUGUGUUGUCCCAAAACUCUUUCUUUUUUAUGGAGUCUAAAAAAAAAUCUCAACGUUCAUAAAAUGAAAGAAAGUCAUGCAGCUUUAAAUGAUUACAUAAUGUUAGUUUUAGAUGAUUAUUCCUUCCACAUAAUCUAUAAUCUGUUUUGCAAAUGGUUUAGUUGGGUUUUAUUGUAAAACUGUUGUGAAGGCUAGUAAAGCAUCAGCUUUUGUGUAUUGUUUCGAAAUAUUUGGAUUUAAUGAUUAGUUCUGAGUGACACUAAAUCUUUUGUCCUGUUAAAGACUAUUGUUAAAGACUUUGUUGAAUGCCUGAGAUAUUCUUCUUUAUGAAAAUGUUUAAACUCGAAGUAGAAACCUAACACAGGCAAAAGUAUUGCUUAAUAUGGUAAGUAAUGCUGAUCUAGUGUUAAUUUCAAUAUACAUUUAGUGUCUCAAUGGACUUUAAAAGUUUGUUUUGAUAAGCAAAUUAUAAAAAUAGAGAAUAUAAGUUUGAUUCGGAAUCUGUUUUGUAAAAAAUGUUGUUCAUAUCAGAGAUUUUCUCUUUAAUUGAGAAUUUAUUUAAUUUAUUAGACUGUUUGUUUGACUAAAUAUGAUAUUGGCCUGCACAUUAUACAGUUGCUUCUCCAUAACUCAUGAUUUUAUAUGGAAAAAAGGUGUAAAUUAAUUUGAAGCAAGCAAAUCUAUACAGCUAACAGAAAACGAGAAAACUGAAUUUGUCCUAAAUGUCACAAAAGAACCAUGUCUAAUCUUUCACUGUUAUCAUAGCGGCUAAAUACGUUUAAAAAGUUGAAAUGGAUUAUAUGAUUUAUGAUUUAAUUAUUAAUCUCUUCUGAAACAUUUUGUUUACUGUACAUUGUUAACUUUACAAUGCUUUUGCAUUAUUGUUGUGCCAAUAAAGCGGAGCUAAACCUUUAAAAGCAAAAUAAAAGUAUGCAGUUUGAUUUUAGAGGUUUAGAUCUUUAAUGUGUCAAUAAGUGAGAGCUGUAAUGGUUCUCUGGAAUUAAACUGUAUGUAAAGUACCAAUAAACUUAAAGUAAACUGCU